AUGGCUGGCUUAAAAGAAUGCCAAUGCGAUCUUGGAUACUGGUACUAUUUCCCGCUGAAUGAUCAAGAAGAUAUCCAAGGGGCUUGGAUUCGCAAUUUUCAUGAAUACCAGGAAGAGUCCGAAUCAGAAGAAGCAGAAGAUCUAGAAGAAAUAGACGCCUUGAUUCUGCAAACGUCUUUAGGUAGAAGCGUGACCUUCGGACCGGUAUUUCCGCUUAUGUAUAUCGAAUGUGGUGUGUAUACCCCAAUGUUCAAGGCAGAAGAUGGUCCUGUUACAGGGAUAUUUCAUGAUGGGCUCGAUCCAAGGAACUCCGGGAUUCUUUUAUGUGGAGUUACCUGUGACAGCUCGCGCAGUUGCCAGACCCCAGUCUUUGUUCCACUACGUGAUACAUUGGCGUUUCCAGACAAAAAUCCUGACGACGUAUGCAGGAACCGUUUGAAGCCCUACCGUCCAUGCCUGGGCAUGUUAAUGUUCUAUGACGACGGUCAUGUCGAGUGUAGUGGACAGAUACGCUGGGAUUACGGACUGGAAGAGGAGAUAUGCGCUCCUAUCAUUGUCGUGAGAGGUGUUGCCGAUGGAAAUAACUAUAUCAAGGACAUCCAAGGUGGAAAGGGCAACGUAGAGUCUACGGGGUACCCAAGUAGCUCGCAGAUUCUGCCUGCUAAGGGAAUACUAGCAUGGUGGUUUAACGAGACGGAUGUCAGGCUUGCCAUUUACAGAGACUAG